AUGUCAUCAACCUCGCCUCCAAAACUAAAGUUUCUAGUCGUACUUUUAUCAUGUUUUACUACCUCAGUUGUGACAGAAUUAAUCUCAAGAGAAUUGCUAUUUGAUGACCCUAAAUACUCACAAGUGACGCUAUCACCAGAUGGAGAAGAUGUCGCUUUCUUGGCUCCAAAUGAGUAUGGUAUCAGUAAUGUGUUUGUCAGAUGUAUCACAUGUAAAGUGACGAAGGCUGUCACUUUCGAAAUGAAAAAGCAUAUCACAGGUACGUUACUAUACUUAUGGAUUUGGAAUUUGAAGGUUAGUUUGUAGGAUACUAUACUUAUAAGCCUAAAAUUUAAAGUUUUUCUUGUAUGAUACUGUGAUAAACUGUAUUUUUUACAAAAUUAGAUAAAACAUAAAAAUAUUGCUACUAAAUUCCUCCUCAUACCAUCCUAAUACUAAAUUCUCACUGCUGCCAUUUUUAGUAUAACCUAAAAUCCAAAAAAAAAUUAUUUUUAGUGUUGUUUCAGCUUUAUAGUGACAUAAGUGAUCAAGAAGCCGUAUUUUACAUUUCUAAUUUACUCUACUUCCAUUUACAGUACCAUUAACGGUACACGUCAAUAAGGACAAUAAGUAGUAAACAAAAAACGCCGAGCCAGGUGUUUUUCACUUUUGUCUUCGUUUUUUGUGAAGAAAACAGUAAAACAAACAAAACUAUAGACAAAACAGUUUUAUACCGUAGUCUUCAGUCAUCGCAAAGCCGUUAGUUUAAAAUUUUAGAGUUAAAAUCAAAUUUUUCCCUAAGCGUAUUUCACCUUCAUAAUAUCGCCCAAAAUUUCAGGAUAUCACUGGACAGGAGUCAAGAACAUGAUCCUCUACACUCAAGACAACGACGGCGAUGAAAACCUCAAACUAUACAAGAUAAACGUCACAGAAUCCACCCCCUACACUCCAGUUCACACCAUUUCUGAUCGUCCUGGAGUCAAAGCCAUGAUAAUUGAUAACAAUUUGAAGGGCGACAAAGUACUAGUAGGUCUAAACGAUGAGAACCCAGCCUUCCACAAUGUCUACGAGCUCAACCUGAUUAGCAAUGAGAUGAGAAUGGUGUUCCACAAUGAGAGGUUCCCAGCCAAGAUUACUGUAGACAAUGAAAUGAGGAUUAGAUUCGUUAUGGAAGAAGCUGACGAUGGAUCUGUCGUCUACUUUAGGCCUUCUGAACGUGCGGAUUUGAAUAAAUUGACCAGUGAUCCGGACGAUUGGGUCAGUUACUUGACGGUUAAGUCUGAAGACCGGCCUUUAACUAUGUGAGUUGGCUUGACAUUAUGUUUAGUAUCUGAAAAGUACAGAAUCCAUGCUAUCCAGUAUUUACUCAUACUAUAUAGUAGGUACCUAAAAACUUUAAUGCAGGUCUGAUCAUAUUUUACACUACUUUCAAAAAAUGUAAUUAAAAAAAUUUAAAAACAUUUUUAAACACUUCUAGCCUACAUGAGCCCCCUCUAACCAUAUUAACCACCCCACCAUUCCAGGCCAAUUGCCUUCUCCAAAGACAACAAAAAGUCCUACUGGUUGACAGCCGACAACACUGAUCUUGGUCAACUCACAGUACACGAAUUUGGUUAUCCAGAGAAGAGCGAAGUUCUAUAUAAAGCAGCUCGUACUCAAAUCUUUGGUGUUAUAUUCCAUCCAGAAGACAGAACAGUACUGGCUGUUACCGAAUACUAUCACAAACCAGAGUUCUAUGUCGCUAAUACGACAAUCUUAGAAGAUAUUCAACAUUUGGUCAACCUGAGGCCACAGGCUACGCCUAUGAUUGAAAGCACUAGUAAUGGUAGGUUAAUGAGUUGCUAUGUCUAUAUUUUAACGCGUAGUAAACUACUACUAACAUGAAAAAAUCGACCGUUUAGAUCCAACACUAAAUAAAAUUCAGAAUUUGUUACCUAAAAUAAGCUUAGAAAAUUAAAAUACAUAAAAAAGGCUUGCCUAUAACAACAUAAAACUUAAUUUUCAGACUUCAACACCUGGCUAGUUACCUACACCUCAGAUGUAAAGCCUUUCGAAUUCUUCCUCUACCGCCGUGAUGCCAAGAAAGCCGAGUAUCUCUUCAGUACUCGCCCAGAACUUCAAGGUAAAGCUCUAAACCGACAAGUUGGAUUCGACUACACAGCCCGCGACGGUCUCAAAAUCCAAGCCUACCUCAGUUUACCUCCACAAGCCCAGCUUCUACGUGAAGAUCAAGUCCAUGGUGACAACGUCGAGCUAGCCAAGAAGGGAAUGUUGCCAGUCCAACCACAAAAACUGAUCCUAUUCGUGCACGGUGGUCCAAAAGCUCGUGACUUCUUCGGCUUCAACGCUUUCAAUGCUUGGCUAACCAACCGAGGCUACGCCAUCAUGCAAGUCAACUUCAGAGGCAGCGUGGGCUUCGGCAAACGGCUAGCCAACGCUGGAAAUGGAGAAUGGGGCCGCAAAAUGCACUACGAUCUUCUAGAUGCCGCUGAAUUCGCUGUCCAAAAAGGCAUUGCCAGAAGAGAAGAGAUCGCCAUUGUUGGAGCUUCGUACGGUGGCUACGCUACACUCGUUGGUAUGACGUUCACUCCAGAUGUAUUCGCAUGUGGUGUUGAUAUUGUUGGUCCUAGCAACUUGAUCACGCUGUUGGAGACUAUUCCCCCAUAUUGGGUUGGAUUUUACAACGACAUGAUCACUAUGUUGGGAGCUGAUAAGACGACUGAAGAAGGUGAGUGUUUUGAGAGGUUGUUACCUAAAACACAGAAAAUUAAAAAAGCUUAUAUUUACAUAGCAAAACAAACGCAAAAUCCGUAAUUUCUAACUCAUAAAAGCUCGGUUUAGCUUUAAAAUCAAGUUUUGUUACCUAAAAUAUAAAUUUUUACCUGAACGACGAAAAAAUGAAAAACCUUAUUUCUUAUCUUUGCCACAAUAUGAAUUAUUUUAAAAUUUGAAAAACGAACAAUUUCAGCUUAAAAUUCAAUAUUUUUUACCUAAAACCUCACCUUUUCUAUCUAAAACAAGUAAAAAAUCAAGAAAAAUCCAAACAUACCUAUCUAAAACAAUAUAUUCAGGCCGCGCAUCUCUCAAAAGCCGAUCUCCAUUAUACUUUGCCAAACAAGUCAAGAAUCCAUUGAUGAUCAUUCACGGUUCCAACGAUCCUCGAGUGAAACAAUCAGAGUCCGAUCAAUUCGUCGAUGAACUCAAGAAGAAUAACAUUCCAGUAACUUAUGUCGUCUAUCCCGAUGAAGGUCAUGGCCCCAGAAAGCCUCGUAAUGUGUUGGCCAUGGCUGGAUUCAUCGAAGAAUUCUUGUCCGAAUGUCUUCAUGGCGACGUCGAACACUUUGCUCAUGGACAAUAUAAUUCAACUGCGAUGGUAAGGAGCAAAUUGGUGUUUUAAGCUUAAAAUUAAAGCUUAAAACAAAGAAAACUGACUUUAAAAGAUAAAAGAAGAAUCUAAAUUAAUAUGAAAAUUUUUUCAUGAAAAAGCACUUACCCCAUACCAUCACUUAUUUCCAUUAAAAUUAUAUUGUUUUAGGUCGUAGCAGACAUCAAAAAACCCUCAUUCCACAGAAGUCCAAUCGAUUCGAUGGUAUUAGACGAUAGUCAUGUAGGACCGGCCAGAACACAAUGGCCAGGAUUGUCGCGACCAACAGGUCGAUGGCUCUGA